CGUAGCCACAUUGUGACCCAGAAAUAUUUAAGCCGAAUUCCCUGUGCCAUACGAUUGUAGCAAUCCGAAGUGCUGCAGAACCCAAAGCCAUGCAACGAAUUCGAAGACUGCAGAGAAGCAGAGGGAGGCAAUUCAGGGUCAUGCAUGGUCAAUGUGUCAACAGGUAAUGGAAUACCCACCCCUCCAUCCCCGCUGGACCUCACAAGAGAAAGAGAAGUUCUCAGAUUGAAUGAUAUCGAGAGGAAAUUGAGGAGGAGGAAGUGGUGGAAGACGAACGAUAACAACAAAGCAAGAGAGGGAGGAAAAACUUUUCAGUUAUCAUCUCCUAUGCCUCUCAGCGGCAGAGGCAUCAAGAGACCGACGGAUCCCAAAGAAGGAGAGGAAGAAAGUGUCAAAAUGUUUGUGUCAAUGCUGAGAGGAAUGUCGCACAGGGAGAAGGCAAAUAGUGCGGCAUGCCGACUAGUAGCAGUGGCCAUCGACAAGGACAAGAGCAGCCAGAGUGCUCUCAAGUGGGCUCUAGACAAUGUUGUCACCAGAGGCCAGACCCUGACCCUAAUUCAUGUCAACACCAGGCCCUCAUCGGGUUACAGAGAUGAUGCUUCCUCUGCGGCGAUUUCGAGGGACGUGUUCAUCCCAUUUCGAUGUUUUUGCACCCGAAAAGAUGUGCAAUGCAAAGAUGUCAUACUUGAAGACACUGAUGUUGCCGAAGCAAUUUCAGAUUUCAUCACACAUGCCGCAAUUGAAAAGCUAGUCGUUGGUUCAUCAUCGAGAGGCGGAUUUGUUAGAUCAUUUAGAACCAUUGACCUCAGUGCCAGUAUCUGCAAAGGUGUGCCUGAUUUCUGCACUGUCUACAUCAUCUCCAAGGGAAAGGUCUCAUCGAUGAGGAAUGCUGUCCGGCCUCCUCCAACCAUCUCUUCUCUCCGGAAUCAAAUCCAAGAACAAGCAAGUGUUAAUCCUGAACCACAGGACCAUAAACCCAAGAAUGUGCCACAUGAGGCUGCAUUGUCUCCAUGGUGUCUGCAAAAAGAUGCUGAAUCAAUCAAGUCACCUUUUACCAGGGGAGGACGUACUUCAACUACAAAAUCAUAUGGAGAUUUGAUGCUGGACAGCGAUAUAUCAUUUGUGAGCAGUGGUGGGACAAGCAUGGAGCACAGCUUCCCUCCAAGAUCGUCAAAUGUUUCGGACAGCUUUGAUCUCAGUUUCGAGUCACUGUCCCGAUCCUUAGGUUCAAACUCUGGUGGGAAUGAUUUAUCUUCCUUCUCUUAUGAGAGCUCAUCAUCUCAGGCUAUGGAAGAUGUGGAAGCAGAGAUUAGGAGGCUAAGAUUACAACUCAAGCAGACGAUGGACAUGUACAGCACAGCAUGCAAAGAAGCACUUACAGCUAAACAGAAGGCAAUGGAGCUCCAACGCUGGAAGGUAGAGGAAGGGCAACGACUAAAAGAAGCUCGACAGGCAGAAGAAGCAGCUCUUGCUCUAGUAGAGAGAGAGAGAGCAAAGUGUAUGGCAGCAAUACAAACAGCUGAAGCAUCCAAACGGAUUGCAGAAUCAGAAGCACAAAAGAGAAUCAGUGCAGAGAUGCAGGCACUCAAAGAGGAGGAGGAGAGGAGGAAGGCCAUCGAUUCAUUGUCACAUACAAGUCUCAGGUACAGGAGGUACACAAUAGAGGAGAUAGAAGUAGCCACCGAGUAUUUCGCGAAUGAGAGGAAGAUUGGAGAAGGUGGAUACGGUCCUGUUUACAGAUGUUACCUAGAUCAUACACCUGUUGCCGUUAAGGUUCUUCGUCCUGAUGCUGCCCAAGGAAGGUCACAGUUUCAGCAAGAGGUUGAAAUAUUAUGCUGCAUUCGACAUCCAAAUAUGGUUCUUUUACUGGGUGCCUGCCCAGAAUAUGGCUGUCUUGUAUACGAGUACAUGGCAAAUGGGAGCUUGGAAGAUCGAUUGUUGAGGCGAGGGAAUACACCACCAAUCCCUUGGCAGCACAGAUUCCGGAUCACUGCAGAGAUUGGCAUGUGCCUCCUCUUCCUUCACCAGACUAAGCCGGAGCCGCUUGUUCACAGAGACCUCAAACCUGCAAACAUCCUCCUUGACAGGAAUUAUGUCAGCAAGAUCAGUGAUGUUGGUCUCGCUCGCUUGGUUCCUCCAUCUGUAGCAGACAGUGUCACCCAGUAUCGCUUGACGGCGACGGCUGGCACGUUUUGCUACAUCGAUCCAGAGUAUCAGCAGACUGGCAUGCUCGGUAUAAAAUCCGACAUAUACUCUCUUGGGAUCAUGCUGUUGCAGAUCAUUAGUGGCAGACCUCCCAUGGGGUUGACACACUACGUUGAGCGUGCAAUUGAGACAGGAACAUUUGUAGAGAUGUUGGAUUACACAGUGCCAGAUUGGCCCAUGGACGAAGCUUUAAGCUUAGCCAAGCUGGCACUGAAGUGCGCAGAGCUUAGACGCAGGGAUCGGCCAGAUCUUGCGACGGUCAUAUUGCCAGAACUCAACAGGCUCAGGGAUUUCGCGGAGGAGAAUAUGCAGUACUCAUUGUUUGGGAACAGCUCACACCUCUCACCUAUGCAGAGUCAAGUUUCUACUCAAGAAACUAGAAGCGACCCUGAAACUAUGCAAUCUGGAUAUGAAAGUUCGAUAAGCCAAUUUAGUGGAUCAUCCACUCCUGGAAGAAGAUUGAGCACUUCCUGAGAUGGAGGAAGCAGUUCUUCUGGGGUAUAUCUCCACAGAAAAAAAAUGAAAUGCUUCUUACAUCUCAAAAAUAUUUGUGGUGCAAGUCGAAAGUAAUAUCCUCCUUUUUUUUUGUGGUGACAGCAGCAUUGCCAAGCAGAUAUCAUAACUUCCUUCUCUAUACCAGGAGUAAAAGAACUCUCCUUCUUGGAGUCUUCUGACAAUUUUUGUACUAAGGGACUGUGUUUAGAUGUAGAAAAGCAUUGCUGAUGGAAACCAACAGCAAGUGAAGGCCUAUAGAAACUGGCUUUGUGUUCUUUUGAAGCAUAUUACUUCUACCUCAUGACAACAUCAAGAAAUUUGAAAUGUAUAGGUCGCAGAAGAUUUGCUUCUACUAGUAUAUAUUG